GGGGGAGCAGGCGGAGGAGCGGGCGGCGGCGAGGCCGCGCACGCCGAAGAUGGCUGAGAAGCAGAAGCACGACGGGCGGGUGAAGAUCGGCCACUACGUGCUGGGGGACACGCUGGGCGUCGGCACCUUCGGCAAAGUGAAGAUUGGAGAACAUCAAUUGACAGGCCAUAAAGUGGCAGUUAAAAUCUUAAAUAGACAGAAGAUUCGCAGUUUAGAUGUUGUUGGAAAAAUAAAACGAGAAAUUCAAAAUCUAAAACUCUUUCGUCAUCCUCAUAUUAUCAAACUAUACCAGGUGAUCAGCACUCCAACAGAUUUUUUUAUGGUAAUGGAGUAUGUGUCUGGUGGUGAAUUAUUUGACUACAUCUGUAAACAUGGACGGGUUGAAGAGAUGGAAGCCAGGAGGCUCUUUCAGCAGAUUCUGUCUGCUGUGGAUUACUGUCACAGGCAUAUGGUUGUUCAUCGAGACUUGAAACCAGAGAACGUGCUAUUGGAUGCACAGAUGAAUGCCAAGAUAGCUGAUUUUGGAUUAUCUAAUAUGAUGUCAGAUGGUGAAUUUCUGCGAACUAGUUGUGGAUCUCCAAAUUAUGCAGCGCCUGAAGUCAUCUCAGGCAGAUUGUAUGCAGGUCCGGAAGUUGAUAUCUGGAGCUGUGGUGUGAUUUUGUAUGCUCUUCUCUGUGGCACCCUCCCAUUUGAUGAUGAACAUGUACCCACGUUAUUUAAGAAGAUCCGAGGGGGUGUUUUUUAUAUCCCAGAAUAUCUCAAUCGUUCUGUUGCCACUCUCCUGAUGCAUAUGCUGCAGGUUGACCCCCUGAAACGAGCAACUAUCAAGGACAUAAGAGAGCAUGAAUGGUUUAAACAAGAUUUGCCCAGUUACUUAUUUCCUGAGGACCCCUCCUAUGAUGCUAACGUCAUUGAUGAUGAGGCUGUGAAAGAAGUAUGUGAAAAAUUUGAGUGUACAGAAUCAGAAGUAAUGAACAGUUUAUAUAGUGGUGACCCUCAAGACCAGCUUGCAGUGGCUUAUCAUCUUAUCAUUGACAAUCGGAGAAUAAUGAACCAAGCCAGUGAGUUCUACCUCGCCUCUAGUCCCCCAACUGGUUCUUUUAUGGAUGAUAGUACCAUGCAUAUUCCCCCAGGCCUGAAACCUCAUCCAGAAAGGAUGCCACCUCUUAUAGCAGACAGUCCUAAAGCAAGAUGUCCAUUGGAUGCACUGAAUACUACUAAACCCAAACCUUUAGCUGUGAAAAAAGCCAAGUGGCAUCUUGGAAUCCGAAGUCAAAGCAAACCAUAUGACAUUAUGGCUGAAGUUUACCGAGCUAUGAAGCAGCUGGAUUUUGAAUGGAAGGUAGUGAAUACAUACCAUCUUCGUGUAAGAAGAAAAAAUCCAGUGACUGGCAACUAUGUGAAAAUGAGCUUACAACUUUACCUGGUUGACAAUAGAAGCUAUCUUUUGGACUUUAAAAGCAUUGAUGAUGAGGUGGUGGAGCAGAGGUCUGGUUCCUCAACCCCUCAGCGUUCCUCUUCUGCUGCUGGCUUACACAGACCAAGAUCAAGUUUAGAUUCUGUAACUGCAGAGAGCCAUUCACUGUCUGGCUCUCUUACUGGCUCCUUGACCGGAAGCACAUUGUCCUCAGUUCCACCUCGCCUGGGCAGUCACACCAUGGAUUUUUUUGAAAUGUGUGCCAGUCUGAUCACUACUCUAGCUCGUUGAUGAUCUUUCUCUAGUUUCUAUCUUUCUGUUAUUGCACUGUGAAAAUCAGAUAUAUUCUUUAAAUUAUUAUUUUCCUUAUGGAUAUCACAUACUCUGCAAUACUGAUUGAGAGACAUGAAUAUCUCCAGGGGACACUCAAUGCCAUUGAAAUUACUGAAAGCAGAAAAGUCUGACAUUUUAUUUACCUGUAGAAAUCUGUAAUUCUAUUUUGCCUAUGAUAAAUUCAAAUAAGCAGUAUCUUUAAUAGCUGAACAUCAGUGAAGAUGAUUGUUCAUUUAAAAUUGUGAGUUCACUACAGAUGAUUAAUACACCCUCACUGGUGAACCAUCUCAGUCAGAGGGUGUUUGGCAGUACCUCCUUGCUUGACUGUUUAGUGUAGGUAAUCCAGUUUACUUCCUAAAUUUCAGCAGGCUUUAAGCUGUGUUUAUGCACCUAGUUCUCUUGCACAAGAAGAUUAAAAAAUGAAACAACCAUUAGUAAGGUAGUAUUAAAUGUUGAAAUCUUAAAAGCCUGCCCCCCCAAAUUUCAGAAGCCAAGUUCUUCUAGCUGUUUUUGCAGAUACUGCCCAUUGUUCCACAGGAGGGCUGUGGUCCUGAAACAGGUAACUGUGAUUUCCAGGUUCCUUAGAAACAGCUGUAACCAGCUAGAGGUUUUAUCUUGAGAUUUCCCUGAAUAAUAUAUUUAUCUUAAGAGCCCUCAAGGUUCUUCUCAGUAUUGGGACAUCUGGAAUUGCAACAACUUUUGUCUUUUUCAUAAACUUUUAUUGUUUUGAAACAUGCCUUCCAAACCUACCUUUCUCAGAUUCUUUUUGGCUCUAUUUAUUUUUGUACUUCAUCAAGCAUGAUAAAAUAGACAGUUAAAUGAAACAAAGCAAAAUAUCAACAGUCCCUUAAAAGAGAACUCUUAUCUUGGAUCUCUUAUUGUGUGUGGUGGGGGGGGGGGGAGGAGAGAGAGAGAGUGUGUGUGUGUGAGAUGUUGCAUCCCACAAUGCUAAUUCUUCAUCUGAAGUUUGUUAUUGUAGCCACCCACUCCCUCACCUUCCCUAGUCACCAUUGUCUUUGUUUAUUGUUUGAUCCUUAGUGGCUAACUGACUUAGCUUUUAAAUCUUUUCUGGUUCCAUUUCUUUGUUCUAGAUCUUGGUUGCUAGCCAUCCAAUUUGAAAACACUGUUCUGGCCCUAAGGGCUUUUGUGUACUUCCAAAGCUUGAUAGGCUGUGACCUUCACUGUUGAACCUGUUAGGGCAGGGAAGCCUUAAACAUUUAAAAAAUUCUCUCUCGAAUAAAUAUAUGUGUUGUUUACAUAUAUACACGUAUGUAUUCACACACCAGUGCUUUUAAAAAAGGAAAACCAAACAGUUUUUUUAUUUGUUGUGCUUUAUGCAGGUUUCUUUUUAAUAUUAAAAAAAAAAACACCUAUAUACAGCAGGGUAGAUAAUAGCUCACUGAUUAUAUUUCGUUUUAGUAAAAGUAAUUUUUAAAUUAAGUGUAAUUUAUCUAAUUUGUAUUUAUCUAUUCAUUUGUUUUGUUUAAUAUGUUGUAAUGAACCAUCCGAUUCACCUGACUUACCCUAGAAAAGAUUAAGCUCUUCAGAACGAAAAGUGACUAUGCCUCAACAGGUUUCUGUUUGCCAAAAAUAAUGUGUUUUCUACCAAGAAGCAACUGAGAAUGUUAGACCCAGUUUCUUCUGUGUUUAUGGAAGACAGGCGUGUCUAUCUUUAAAUAGUUUUGAGUCAGGAGUUUGCAGUGUGUCACAUCAUAUUGUUUUGUAGAACUUUUGAAAAAUGGUGUUAAAUAACUUUUUAAGUCUGACUCUGUAAUGUCGAAAGGAAUCCUUAUUGGCCAAUUUGGGAAAGAGGGUGGGGUUGCUGUUAAGAUGUUUUAAGUUUAAACCUUUGAAAGAUUGCCAUCUAGUGGCACCAGAAGGUACUUUUUUGUGAUUAUUUUUAUAGGAUAAGCAGUCCUGCUGUGUUAGUCUGAUGUGCAUUAUAGAUAUGGCAUAAUUUUGGCUUUUCCAAAUGUGUAAAUACCUCUUUUGGAAAAAACAGGGCCACAUCAUAAUAUUUGCCUGAGUAUGAAUGGUAUGACCUUAGAAAUAAGGAACUUAUCUGAUUCCUUGUCCCCUAGCAAUUUUGAAGGCGGAGAAAUAGCAGGAAGGAAUCCAGUGGCAUUUUAGCUUCAUUAGUCUAAUAAAUCAGAUAUUAGAAACUUAUUCAUAUCAAAAUUACUCUAUAUGAAUGAUUAUCAUGUUUUUCGAGAGUUAAAAAGAUUAUUUACUAUUUUCUCAUUCUUGCCAGUAUUUAUGAGUAUCUACAAUUUGAUAGUUAUCUGUUGAAUUUUAGGGGAACCAGGGGUCACAGUUUGGGUUCCUGUAAGCUCAAGUUUUAAAGCACAGCUCUUCUGAGAACCUAGGUGGUGUAGUAACUUGUUUUGGAGAGAGAUUUCAGGAGGCUCAGGCCAGUAUACCAGGGGGGCUAGAGCAUUGUUAUAGGAGGCUUUUUGUUGCUAAUGGGCGGGGAGAGGGAAAGAAUCACUUGCUAAAUUUCCACAUUUCAGUCUUGUAAACUGGUUAAUUGUGGAUGUGGUAUGUAUGUGGUAGGUAGAUCUUGGGGAGGAACAGUUUCUUCCAGUUAAGAUUCUGGAGGAGAGCUUCUAUUAUUAGGUUAUAGGUAAAGCCUAGCUAUCUCAUGGAAAUGCUCUUGAAUAGCAUUUCACAAACUGUAUUGUGUAAGAUGCUCUGCAGAAAAACGAUUCCAUUGAGCAAGUUUGGAAAAUGUUACAUGCUACUCUCCUGCUUGAGGAUGACAAUGGACAUAGGCAUUAAAGACUUUGACAAGUCCUUCUGUGGAAAAAAAAAAAAAAGAAAAUCAUUUAACUUCAACCUGCUUUGCCUAAAUUAAUUUAACCAUGUUUUUAAACUUAUUAUCCCCUGGGAAAAAGCAAAUUUGGCAAAUAUGAUUUUAGGAAAAUUUUAGGUCCAGCUUGUCAUAAUUAGGGUACUUAAGAAUACAAUUAAGCUUUCCUUUUCCCUUCUCAGUUGGAGAGAAUCUGGUUCAAAAUCAGAAUAAUUUUAUUUUAACCUGUGGGCAUAUUUAUCUUGAGCGAAUGCUGGACUGAAUAGAAUUUUGUAUGUCUGCAACUUGUUUCAUAGCACCUUGAUCUUUGUAAUCAGGUUGUGUUAUAGUUUGGGAGCAAAAUUGAUUGUUUUUUGUAUUGAUUGGAUAACUGAGGAACCUUAAACAAGAUUACUAAGUAAAAACAUUACUUAGUCUUUACACUAAAACUAGUGACUCAUGCUUAUGGCUCUGUGAGUAAUGAGUCAAUAUCGUUGAUUCUUACUUUCAAAAUGUGUAGUCAGUGAACAUUUUCUAAAUACUUUUAUAUUUGGAUCUAAUCCUUGUCAUCCUUUAACAUAGGAACAAACAAAAUCUCAGAAUACGGAGGGAGGGAGGGAGGCAAACUAUUACAAGUUGGGUAUUUAUUUUGAUCAACAAACUUUUAAGACACUUUUGUAAUCUCUAGUAUUUGCAUUCCUUGAUACUAGCCAUCUAUAAAGAGAAUCCAGGAGCCUAAAUUAAUCAGAAAUAAUAGUAUUUCUAUGUCAGGGAAUUGGCUAUAUGUAGUACAGACAAUUCUCCAAUUUCUGCAAAUAGGUUUUCCAUGACCGUUACAUAAUUCUGGGCUUGUUUCUCUUAUUCCCUGGCCAGUUUGUACUUAGGGAAUACAAAUUGAUUUUUAGUAUUAGAUGAGACAAAAUUGAGAAAAUAAUCAUAGACAACUGUUACAGAUUAUUUGACUAUUUGGAUUUAUCUGUAGCCUCUCUUAAUGUGCAGUAUACUGAGUUAAUAUAAGCACCGUACCUUUUAUUUAUAAAAGUUUGGAAUGUGCCUAUCAUAGACACUGCAUCUUUGUCUAUUCACUGGUUAAUCAUGUAAAUCCUAUUAAUGGUUGUGAAAUCUCAGUAUCUAAUGCUAGACAGGUUCUCAAUUUUGUCUGUUUUUAAAGACCCCCACCUUUUCAGUCUAGCAUUUCUUUAGCUGGUCAUCCUGUCACUCUGUGACUUUUUAAAUAGGAAAUGUAAUUUAUUUUAAUAACAGCUCUCAGAGAUUCUACUUUAUUAAAAAUUCUGGGUGAGGGAUAUGUGCAAUCUGUUGGUAAGUCACAUCCUUAUGUUGGGCCUCAUUUUUGUAGCCUCUAAAAUGAGAGGGACAGAUUAAAAGACCUCUGAGGUACCUUUGAGCUUUAAAGUUCUGUCUUCUCAUAUGAUUUAUGUUAGUGUUCACUUUUUAUAUAUUUAGAGUUUUUAUACUAGUGUGAAUGUUCUAUAUUUGCUGAGGCAUUUUGAAGGUAUAUACUUGAAUAUUUUUCUAAAUACAGCUGCCCUCUGAAAUACAAAUGGCAAAAAUCAUCUAGAAAACCAAACAUGUUAAAACAUCAUGUGCACUUGGCAUAAAGCAAAACAUAUGUUUUAUAGUGAUUUUUAGAUCCAGAGACCCUCCAUAUCUAUUAACUUAUCUGAACAUUACAGUAACCUUGUGAGGUAGCCAUUUUCCAGAUGAGAAAGCAGGACUGGAAAGUUCUUCAUGGCUUUAAUGCCAUACAAGUAUUCAGCGAUGAUCACUGCUCUUCAUAUGCCACCUUCCUUUGGGGAGAACAGUCUGAAUCACUAAAACAUCUGGGUAGUUGAGUAAUAAAAAUAAACACAGAUGUAUUGCUUUCAAGUCUUAGAGGGACAUAAAGUAGUCUUAACUGAAUAUUUCUUAGUUUAAUUAUUUGAACCAGUUGAUUGUACUAAGUAGGUAUAAUUACCUGAAGUAUUUAUGAUUAGCAUAUUGAUUUUUAUAAGUACUUCUAAGUUAUUGAGGGUGCUUAAAAAAUACUGAAGAAACUUUUUAGGACAUGAUUCUUCCUUUAAUUUUAUUUACAUGAUUCUUAUAGCACAAUCUUUUUUAAAAAAGUAAAACUAGCCCCAGCCCCUAUCUUAAAUUAUCAUAGUUUUUGACUAUUAUCUGAAUUAGGCUUAUCUAAAUUUCAUAUACAGACUGAUAAUUUUUUGCUUUGUGUGCAUAUUAGAUGAUAAAACACUAUUUUCAUAGAGUAUGUUUCUAUUCACAAACUACCUAUUAUCAACUUGAUAGAGAUUCUCCCUUAUAAAACUUUGAAAUGUAAUUUAUGUUUGAUGAGCUUAAAAAUUUAUGUAAAUCUUAUUUAAACAAGUUGCUGGGCAUCCUUGCUAGCCUUUCCCACAUAUAAUUAUGAUGCAUUUGAUGCCACUGAACAGUAAUAGCAUAAAGAACAGGACCCACAGUCUAGACUGGAUUGAAUUUUAAUUAAACUUUUUCAGCCAUAACCUGAUAAGAAUCAGGCUGGAUCUAGAAGUUACCAAACUGUGGGCCUGUGUGUAUUGUGUGAGCCACUCGUAGUGUUUACUGCCGGCCUUGCAUAGCAAUGCCUGUUAGCAGCUGUGACUGGGUAUGUGACUUUAGGUAACUCUUGUUUAUAUCUAAAGCAGUUUAGAUUUUUUUGGAAGUAGCUCAUGAUUAUUUGGACAAGCAGGGUAGAUAAAUUUCAGUUACAUUUAAAGUGCAAUUAAUAGGAAAUCCUAGACUAGAGCGCCCUUUCCAGGAAAAAAAGUAUUUGUAGAAUAUCCUAGCAUGAAAACUUUUUUGAAUAUAUGUAGAUUUUUGACAAAGUUCAUACAGUGUGAUUUUUUUUUUAAUUCGGUGUUUGCUACUUUGUGUCGAUUAAAACUUCAAGUAGGAAUAAGAACAUUCUAGGCAAGGAGAAUUGCAUAGUUAAUUUUUUGCUGCUAAUUGAAGCAUGCAUUUUUCACAGCUAAAAGUCCCUUUUAACUAAGUUUUGUUACGAAGGCAGGCCAUUUUUCUAGACAGAUAACAUUUUCCUAAAAUGGAAAAAAGAGACAGAUCCACUGUUCUAAAAAAAACAAAAAAACCUUAGUUGUGCCUUCUUUUCAAUUAUAGGAACAGUUAUAAUAAGUAAAAAAACUUGUUUGAACUGUAUUUUCCUUUUUUAUAAUUCCUCAUUUUUCCUUAGAUCUGCCCUCCACAAACAAUCACAUUGUUUGCUUUGGCCUGUUGUUUCCGGUUCCUUUGGCCAGACCUUACCCUGUUACUGUCAGAAUUGCUCACUGGAUGUGUGUUUCUAUUUCUUCUAUGUCGCUUCACUUCUUAAGUUGCCUUGGUAAAGUUUGGCUGCCUUUACAUGUUUUUAAAAUGAAUGGCAAUCUUUAUAUUUCAACCCUUUAAAAAGUUUAUAAAGGGAAGAAACAAUGCAGAGCAAAGAACAAAAUCUAAUUUGGAAUCUGAUUCUCAGUUUGGCUAUUGUGGCAGCAGCAAGUCACAUAACCUCAUUUAGUUUUCUCAUCUACAAAAUGUGGAUAAUAACCUACCUCACAGAUGUGUGUGAGACACUGUUUGAAGGCCCUUGUUUAAAUACAGGGUUUAUCGUCCUCAUAUUUAAUGUAACUCCCUUCCUUUCUUUUUAAAAUAGGUAUCUUUGAUACUGAUAGGAUGAGUAUCUUGAUUUUAGAUAAGUUUUAUGUGGUAAGAAUAUAGUGGUAAAAAUGUUUAAGACCACAGUUUCACAAAUUAUGGUAUUCUUAUUUUAAGUGACUUUUAAAAUUUCUUGAAAACAUCGAAUAUUCAAAUACCAAAUUUGUCUUUUAUUUCAACAAAUAUUCAGAACUUCCUAAAAUGUUGGCUGAAGCUGCCUUAAUGUAUCAAAAUACAGCUUUUUCUCAAGACUAUUCACAAAUAUCGAUGGUUGUACAAUGUUUUGAGUGUUUAUUGUAAAUUGUUAUAAAACUGUGAACUCUAAGCAUAGUAAUCUUAAUAUUGUUUUAGGAAGAAUGCUUGUGUUCUUUAUCAUGUAUGCUU